UCGUAUUUGUAUAGCAUUAGUUGUAUUUCUGUAGUAAGUAUUAGGCCUUAACGUGAAUUAGAAUCUUUACUAUACUAAUAGUCGGUACAAUUGUCUUCCAAUAUAGAGUUUCGAGAGACAUAUAUCAAUAAAACCUUAACCAUAAAUUUCAAUAAAAUUGACCUUCAUCCCAAAUAUUGCUAGUAGCCACCCAAAAAAUACAUCCAGGAAGAAAUAAUUAACCAGGAAGAAAUAAUGAAUCAGGAAGAAGACUUCCAAGGUAUAUCAGAAGAUUGCAAGCAACUACUCCUUUCCCUUCCUAAAGUAAAAGGAUGGAGAACUCAUCAUCUUUACCUUUUUCAAGGUUUUUGGUGUCAACCCAAAGAAAUUCAAGCCAUAAUCAACGCUCAAAACCAUUUUAAGGCUCAAGAUAGUGAUGUAAUCAUCGUCACUGUGCCUAAAUCUGGCACAACUUGGCUUAAAGCCCUAGUUUUUGCCAUUGUUACCCGAGCUCGAUUCGAAAUCAAAUCAAAAGAUCAUGAUCACCCUUUGUUAAUGUCUAACCCUCAUGAUCUUGUACCAUUCUUUGAGUACAAGGUUUAUGCUAACAAUGAGAUCCCAAAUUUAUCAAAUCUUCCUUCUCCAAGGUUCUUUGCUUCCCAUGUACCUUACAAUUCCUUACCUAAAACCAUCAAAAACAAUCCUAAUACUAAGAUUGUGUAUAUAUGUAGAAACCCAUUUGAUACUUUUGUGUCAAUUUGGCAUUUUAUGAAGAAAAUAAGGCCUAGUAAUCUAGGACCUUUUUCGUUGGAAGAAGCCUUUGAUAUGUAUUGUAAAGGUCUUAUAGGGUAUGGUCCUUAUUGGGAUCAUAUGUUAGGUUAUUGGGAAGAAAGCUUAAAGACACCACAAAAAGUCAUGUUUUUGAAGUAUGAAGACUUGAAAAUGGAUGUAUCUCUUCAAAUUAGGAGAAUAGGUGAGUUUUUAGGGUACCCAUUUACCCAAGAGGAAGAAAAUGGAGAUGUUGAGGAGAUUAAAAAGUUGUGUAGCUUAGAGAAGAUGAGGGAUUUGGAAGUGAAUAAGAAUGGGAUAUCUAUACUUAAUUUUGACAAUAAGGGCUUAUUUAGGAAAGGUGAGGUGGGUGAUUGGGUUAAUCUUUUAAGUAAGGAGAUGAUUCAAAGGUUGGGUCAAAUCAUGGAAGAAAAGUUAGCCGGCUCUAGCUUGAAAUUUCCCGAUGUUUCUACGUUUCAUUAAUGUAUAAUAUGAUAAUUUUAAAAGCAAAAAAAAAAAGUAAAAUUACUCGCUCUAUUCGAUAGAAUUUGCAAUCAUUAAGUUUCUUAUGAGAGAGAUUUUCGAAGAUUUGUUGCAAAAUCAAUGGGACUGAAAUAGUAAAUCAAAAAUACUUAAUUUAGCCAAGUUUUUUUUAUUGAUCUUUCUUUAAAAAAUGUAAUGUUAUUGUAAUUUGUUUGUUAGUGAGCAUGUGUUGUAUGAUAAGCUUUGGUCUUAAUUAGCUACUUUUAAUUAGUUUGUACUUCGUGAUGCACUUAUCUAUGUUG